UUAUUCAUUAAAAAGUUGCCCAGUCCUCAAAUCACGGCUUCUUACUCGAUGAUGUCAGGGCCCGUGACCGGAACCUGAUUCUAGUUCGCCGCGGCGGUGCCGGUACUCGGGUUAGGAAGGAGCGUCUCGGGGGUAUUGUGGGCUCACAGCACGAUGGCAUGGCGGAAGAAGGUAUUAUUGAAAGUGAUCGUCCUGGGAGAUGCCGGGGUGGGGAAGACCUCGCUGAUGAAUCAGUAUGUGAACAAGAGGUUCAGUAAACAGUACAAAGCGACUAUCGGCGUCGACUUCCUCACCAGGGAAGUGAUGGUGGGAGACCGACUGGUCACCAUGCAGAUCUGGGACACGGCCGGCCAGGAACGGUUCCAAUCCCUGGGGGUCUCUUUUUACCGUGGCGCUGACUGCUGCGUACUGGUGUUUGAUGUCACCAUGCCCAACUCCUUCAAGGCACUGGACAGCUGGCGGGACGAGUUCUUGAUCCAGGCCAGCCCGCGGGACCCUGAGAACUUCCCCUUCAUUGUCCUGGCUAACAAGGUCGACCUGGAGGCUCGUCUGGUGCCCAGCAAGCCGGCGCUGGUCUGGUGCCAGAGGAAAAACAACAUUCCCUACUUUGAGACGAGCGCCAAGGAAGCCACCAACGUGGACCAGGCCUUCCAGACCAUUGUCCUCAACUUCCUGAAGCAGGAGUCUGAGAUUGAUGUCUGCAGUGAUAUCCCUGUUCAGAUUCGGCUGGACCAGGCCGACAGGGGGGCGGCGGAUGCAGACGGCUGCCAGUGCUGACCGGCGGGGUAGGGGCUACGCGGUGAGACUCCGGAUACCCCCUCGCCUCGUUCCGGAAGAGGAAUGCCCACCUUCACUCGAGUAACCCUCCCGGCCACUGCCUCCCUCUGGUGUGGGGCCAACAUCCUGCCGUCUCCGUGGGACUGAGUCCUGCUCCCCAAAAACUCUUUCCACCUGGCUUAUUUGUUAAACCGAGCAGGUCCCGUGUGAAACGGGGUAAAUGACCGGCGGGACCCCUGACCCCACGAUGUUGUCCCACCGAAGCUGUCCAUCGAGCCCUCAGUGACCUCCCUGGCCCAGGACAGGGGAGGGAGGGGGCUGUCUCUAACCUGUGUCUGCUCUGUCUCCUCUGGGCUGGACCCCAGUGACACCCCCCACCAGCCCUCUGGAGAGGGUGGGGGGGUUGUCUCCACCCUUUGUGUCUCUCUCACCCCGUCCCACAAGGGAGCGGUCUGACCCCUUGGGCUGGGUAGCAGACAGGGUAGAAAGAGAACCGGGCCCCAGUGUCACCACUGGGCCCAGAAGAAGAAGGUUUAGGGGCUAUCUCCAGCCUGUGUCACCCUCCCAUCCGUCCCGGGACAAGGGAAGGCGUCAUGACCUCCGGGCUGGGCAGCAUGCCAGGGAGAGUUAGAGAUGGGCAUCAGUGACCCUGCCACAGGAAGAGGAGGGGAAGGGGCAGCUUGUGUCACCUGGGCAGAGGGAGAGGCCAGAACCCUCUGGUGCUUGCAAGCAGAGAAGGUAGCCAUACCCCCACCCUUUCCUCUUUUUGGGAAUGUUCAUUGAGAGAGAGCAGGAGAGGAUGCCCAGGGACAGUUGGGCGGUGACCUCCCCCAAAUCUCCGCUCUCCUGCCCCGGUUUGCGAGACGGGCGCACGGAGAGUCCACGCCAGAGUUUGUGUGAUGCCGGUGGUUGUCGGUGGAAUCAACAAGUGGGGGCAUCCUGCCCCCUCCCUCCGAGGAAAAGUCUGGGGUCUCCCCACUGGCCCUGUUGGGCUCUCCUCCCUGUCUGCUUUGAAUAUCGGCCUUCUUUAGUCUCAGUGUUCUUUGGGAGGGGAUGGUGUGGAGGGUGGGGUGAUGCUUACAGAUUUCUGACUUUUCCCUUCCUGUGUCGCCCCCGCCACACAACCUUCUCGCAGGCCAGAGUCCCUGUCCACUACACUCUCCUGUUACCCAUGCACGCUGUCAUUCAUUGUGGAUCGGGACGGACCCCAAGUUGAAUAAAAACUGAUUUGAGAUGACUUCUGGAAUGGUCCUCCCCACUCUGUGCUCUUCAGGCUGGUAUUGGUCGACACCCACCCCAAGAUGGAGCGGUGGGUGUGGGGAGCUGGAAUCGCCGGCCCUCAGAGGUUUCAGCAUCCUGGAGCCGUAGGGCUCGGAAACGGAAUCUUCGACCCAACACAGAGUCUUGUGUUUCUGCAUCUCUCUGCCCACCCUCGCCACGUGUCCCUCUCCAUACUGCUCCCAUGUUGCCCCCCCCUCGUGAUUAUCCGAGUCCGUCUGGCUGAGGCAGAGCGGAUCCAUCCAGUGGGGAGUGGAAAAUUUCCCCCGACACCUGGUGCCGAGUCGUGAACGACGACUGGAUUUGGACUGCAGACGGUAGAGUCACUUUCCAUGCUGGAGCAGCGACUGAAGUGUGUGUGUGUGUGUGUGAGCGAGCGUGUGACGGGUUUGUCAGAAGGGUCCGCAGAGCAUAAAGGUGAGCGCGGCGCGAUCAGAAAUCGGGGCUGUGGAGUUCGGAGUUCAAUUCUGGCGACCUUUGUAAGGAGUCUUUCCCUCCUCCCCACGGACCGUGUGAGUUUCCUCUGGGUGCUCCGGUUUCCACCCACAGUCCAAAGGUGUACCGGCCGGUCGGUUAAUUGGUCAU